AUGUUGUCGGCCAGACGAUCUCGCGUUCCGGACGAGACCAGCGACUCGGAGGACAAUGGUGCUGGCAGUCCUGUGCCCCUUGCCAAGCGGGCGCACCAUUCAUCGAAAUCUACCGUGGGAGCCAUUCGGCGCAUCUACAUGGAGAAUUUUGUGACCUAUUCAAAGGUUGAAUUCCAUGUCGGCCCUGGCCUCAACGUCAUCCUCGGACCCAACGGCUCGGGCAAAUCGACUGUGAUUUGUGCCAUUUGCUUGUGCCUUGCGGGAAAGCCCGAACUUCUUGGCCGUGCAACACACUACAAGCAGUUUAUCCGCACCAAUGAAGAUCGUGCGGUGAUCGAGGUUGAGCUGGACAUGGGCAAGAAUGCGCCUUUGACGGUGCGCCGAGUGAUGACGAUUGACCGGAAUAAUAACGGCAAAGCCUCGUCGAACUUUUCCCUGAAUGGCCGCCCGGCAACAGAGGAACAGGGACUCACAGCCACAUCUCGUUUCUGCUCCAUAAAGGUCAAGCAAAAGAUCAGUGCUCUGAACAUCCAAAUGGACAAUCUUUGCCAGUUUUUGCCUCAAGACAAGGUGUCCGAGUUCUCGCGGAUGAAACCCGAUGAACUCCUUGUUGCAACAGAAACGGCGAUUGGUGGUCAGAAGCUGCGCGAGAAGCACGAAAAGCUUGCCGAGGAUGAACAGGCUUUGAACCAGGAGGUCAAUGCGUACGAGAUUAUCCAUCAAGAGUACCAAAAUGGCUUUCAACGCAACGAGCAGCGGCGCCCCGAGGUGGAGAAAGCACAGCAUCAUCGAGAACUGAGCCAAGAUAUUUUCAAUCAUGAGAACAAGAUCAAUUUUUCCGAGUAUAACCUUUUGAAACAGCAGGUCGAAGCACUCAAGAAGGAAUGCAAAGCUCUUGAGGAGCAGUCCUCUGUUGCCAGGCAACAAGUCGAGCUCAAAGAAAGGGAAGCGCGAGAAUCUGAAGUCAUUGUCAACAAAGAGCGCAACAAAGUGGAGGCCAAGAAAUCGGAGCUCGCCGCUACCUUUACCAAAUUUAACGAAGCCUCGGAGAACCUGACAGCGUGCAGCAGCCAGCUGCAGGAAGUCAUUGAUGAGGCAGCCGCGAAGCAGAAGAGCCUGAAGACUCGCCAAGACAAGCGCGACAACCUGCAAGCAACCCUCGUCGAUUUGCAGAAGGAGCUGGAAAAGGCCUCGAACCAGAGCGGGCUGCAGGCACAACUUGAGCAGGUGAUGCGAGAGCUUCACGAGCUGAAGAGCCAGGUCAUCGACUUGCGUGGUGAGGCCAAACAAGCUGAACAAAACCUCCGCCAAGCCACCCAGGCCAAGCAGCGCGCCAGCGCACAACUUGAGCGCGCUCGAGACCAAUCUCAACGUCGCCAAAAUGAGUUUUUUCGCCUGUACCCCCACCUUCGCGAUGCCGUGGAGUGGAUUAAGCAGAAUCAAUCCAAAUUCAAGGAUCCGAUCGAAGGUCCACUCAUUCUUGCUUUGGACGUCAGCAAUGAAAGGGCUGCCGAUGUCAUUGAAAUGACCAUUGGCAAGCCUGACCAACAAGCCUUUGUGACCACCAAUACCCAUGAUCAACAGCUCUUGCUCACUGAAUUGCGUGACAAGAAAAAGAUUCCCAUCAAUGUGCUCAACAUGGACCCUCGCGAAGCGCGACAAGUCGACGACCGGAGAAGACAGCAGCUCUCUGGCUUGGGCUUCAAGUUUAUGUCUGAACACUUGCGCGCGCCCCCAGCCACCUUUGCAUUUCUCACAACCAAAUACCACAUGUCUGAGAUUCCAGUGACCUUUGAUGCUGCAAAUGACCGCCAUGUCAACGGUCUGAUAAGUCAAGGCAUGUGCACUGCCACAACCGCUCGCUGGAUCUGCCCUUUUCCCCAGCACAGUUACACCACCCUCUACGUUGACAGGCAGAACUAUCGACACAAGAAGUCGCGAUUCAAUUCCGACUACGACAUGACGGAUAUGAUUCCGAUUCGACCAUCAACGAUUUUGCGCUUACAAGAGGACAAGGAAGCCGUUGCACGUCUCCUUUUGUUCGUGUUUGUCUGUUCCUUUGAUCUUGUGCAGGAGGCGGAAGCAAUGCAUGCCACCAAGGAUAAAGACAAGCGAGCUCUGAGCGACAAGAUGAAGGUGUUCAAAACCUUGGAGGCCGAUAUUGAUGCCAAAGAAUCUUGGCUUCGCUCGGCUGAAAAGUCUAUUCGAGAUCUUCAGGGUCUUUUGGCCAAUCUGAAGAGCAAAGCCAAGACAUAUUGUGCUCAGCUUCCAGGCUUGACGGCUGAGGUCGCCUCCAUCAGCGGCACUCUGCGCACGGGCUUGUGCGAAAUUUCUCAAGUCCUGAUGCGAUUCCAAGUGGCCCAUAAUCAGCACAAAAUCAUCGUUGCACAGCUUGUCGAAUGCAAGCAAAACUAUAAUACCCAAGUGCAAGACUUGCCACGUCGCAAGAAGCAGAUCAAAGAUAUGAAGAAGGAAGCACUGCGUUUGUUGGCUGUGAGUGUUCGCCAGGCUUGCGUGCACAAGGAAACGACUUGUUUGGCACUCCUUUUCUGCUUGGCAUUCAACACGUGUCGCAGUGAGACACACAGCGACCUUCACUUUAUACGCCUCGACCGUGUGCUCAUUCUUGCUGGCUCGUGGACACAACAGCGCAACGCCAGUGGCGAGAUUAAUGAGGCCGUGGUGCGAGAAUUCGAGCAAGAGAAAAUCAGGCUCGAUCAACUCAAAAAACAGACGCAUGACAUUAGCAUCAAGUUUGGAGAAUUCUUCCAGCAACUUGAGGGUUGUGCUGGCUCUGUCAAGCUUGUCAAAGCGGAUUCAUACAAAAACUGGGGCAUCCAAAUUAUGGUUCAAUUUCGAGCUGGAGAAGAACUGGCACCACUGAUGCACAGCCAUCAGUCCGGUGGAGAGCGCUCUGUAUCCACCAUGCUUUAUCUCAUGGCCUUGCAGACCCAAACCCAGUGCCCCUUCCGAGUGGUUGAUGAGAUUAACCAGGGCAUGGACGACAAGAACGAACGCCGUGUCUUUGAGCAGGUCAUGUCCGUGUGCUCACAAGCGGAAGCUUCACAAUACUUUCUUGUAACCCCAAAGCUCCUACCUAACCUCCAAUACAACGACAAGGUGACUGUACACUGCGUGUUCUCUGGCACGGACAUGGUCAACUUUGACCAAUGGGAUCUCGGACGCUUCUGCGAUGUCAAACGGCAACUGAACCUUUGA